UAUUUUUGUAGCAGGUUAACCAAACAAGUUUUUCAUCAGCAUGUUUAGCUUUUAUUAUCACGCGAGCAGCAGUACCAAGAACUUGUUUGACAUUCUUAAGAUUUGAUGCCUCGUUCAAGUAUUGAUUUUGUUUUAAAUUAAUGUAAAAAAAAAAAACUCACCACGAUAAAGAGAAAAUCCCAUAUCCAGGAUGUCUAUUGGGAGAUGUUUCUUUUUUCCAAUAGACGUGAACGCACCAUAUGUACCCGCCCCCCGCGGUAACCAGGGAGACAAGCGUUGUUAGUUCGUCGAUGCUAGCGGGUCUGAUGCUUUCUAUGAGCCUUAUCGACGUCAAAGAUGAUUUUAAAGCACAUUAAGACGCUUUUAACCCCUCAGGAAAAGGUGGCUAAGCUGCCGUGCCUGGCGUGGGCUCCGAACAACGCCAAGGUGGCCGUGUGCACUCCUGACCGGGUGGUCCUGCUGUACGACGAGCAGGGCGAGAGGAGGGACAAGUUCUCCACCAAACCGGUGGACUCCAAGUAUGGGAAGGACAGCUACACGGUCACAGCCAUGGCGUUCUCCCCGGACUCCACCAAGAUCGCCAUCGGCCAGUCCGACAACAUCAUCUACGUCUACAAGAUCGGGGAGGACUGGGGAGACAAGAAGACCAUCUGCAACAAGUUUGUCCAGACGACCUUCGUGACCUGCCUCCUUUGGCCCGAGGAGAACAGCAUCGUCUACGGCUUGUCCGACGGCCGGGUCCGUCUGGCUGACACGCUCACCAACAAAUCCUCCACCAUCUACAGCACAGAGUUCUUCGUGGUCUCGCUGACCUCCAGUGUCUCUGGCAGGGGCAUCCUGUCGGGGCAUCACGACGGGACCAUCGUCCGCUACUUCCUGAGUGACGACGGCUCCAGAGACUCUCAGGGCCGGCUGGUGAAGCACCCGAGCCCCCCCUACGCGCUGGCCUGGGGCACCGACAGCUUCCUGGUGGGCAGCUGCGACAAGAAGGUGGUGGUGUACGACCGCGAGGGUCACGUCCUGCAGACCUUCGACUACAGCAGAGACGCGUCGCAGAAGACGCUCCACGUGGCGGCGGCCAGCCCCAGCGGGCACACGGUGGUGCUGGGCAGCCAUGACCGGCUGCGGGUGUUCAACUGGGUCCCCAGCAGAGGCCUGUGGGACGAGGCCAAGCCCAAAGAGAUCCCCGACCUCCACAGCGUCACCAGCCUGGCGUGGAGGAGGGACGGCUCGCGCCUGUGCGCUGGAACCAUGUGUGGGGGGGCGGAGAUGUUUGACUGCUACCUGCGCAGAAUCAACUACAAGAAGAAGUUUGAGAUCACCUACGUCAGCCUGAGCCAGGUGAUCAUCAGAAACUACUCCACAGGUACGCGGGUGGUGCUCCGCUCCUACAACGACUACGAGCUGGGGGAGGUGAAGAUCAUGGGGAGGGACCGCUUCCUGGUGGCCCGCACCUCAGACUCCAUCCUGCUGGGAGACCUGAUGACCAACAGGCUGAGCGAGGUUCCCUGGUCUGGUUCUGGAGGAAACGAGAAGUUCUUCUUCGACAAUGAGAACGUGUGCAUGAUCUUUAACGUUGGUGAGCUGAGCCUGGUGGAGUACAGCAGCAACACAGUCCUGGGCUCGGUCCGAACGGAGUUCAUGAGCCCCCACCUCAUCAGUGUGCGACUGAACGAGCGGAGUCAGGCAGGACUCGAAGACAACAAGAAGCUGGCUUAUCUGAUUGACAUGAAAACCAUCGCCGUCGUGGACCUGCUCAAAGGCAUCAACAUAGGAACCAUCAGCCACACCUCCAAGAUUCUCUGGCUGGAGCUGAACGAGACCGGACGCCACCUGCUGUUCAGAGACAGGAAGCUGCAGCUCCACCUGUACGACAUCCGCUCCUCAGCGAGGACCACCCUGCUGAGCUACUGCUCCUUCGUCCAGUGGGUGCCCGGCAGCGAUGUGGUCGUCGCCCAGAGCGACAGGAACCUCUGCAUCUGGUACUCCAUCGACAGCCCAGAGAGCGUCACCAUGUUCCCCAUCAAGGGAGACAUCGUGGACUUGGAGAGAGCCGAGGGCAAAACCAACGUCCUGGUGAAGGAGGGGGCCAACACGGUGGCGUACACGCUGGACGAAGGUCUCGUCGAGUUCGGAACCGCCAUCGAUGACGGAGACUACGUCAGAGCCAUGGACUUCCUGGAGACCAUGGAGAUGUCGGUGGAGAUCGAGGCCAUGUGGAAGAUGCUCAGCAAGCUGGCUCUGGAGGCUCAGCAGCUGCACAUCGCAGAAAGGUGUUUCGCCGCUCUGGGAGACGUCUCCAUGGUCCGCUUUCUCAGAAGAACCAGCGACACUGCCGACGAGGUUUCCCUGGAAACCGGUGAAGACGGACUGUCCCAUUACAAGGUCCAGGCCCGUCUGGCCAUGCUGGACAAGAACUUUAAGCUAGCAGAGAUGCACUUUGUGGAGCAUGGGGCGCUGGAUGAAGCCGUUGAGGCCUACAAACACCUGCAGAUGUGGGACGACGCCAUCGCUUUGGCUGAAGCAAAGGGCUACCCGGAGCUGGACCGCCUGCGAGCCAGCCAGUACGAGUGGCUGCUGCAGACCGGCCAGCAGAACGAAGCCGGGGAGGUCAAGGAGAGGCAGGGAGACUUCCACGGCGCCAUCCAGCACUACCUGAAGGCCGGACUGCCCACCAAAGCCGCCCACGUGGCCAUCAGCCACUCGGAGAUCAUCAACAGCAGCGAAACCGUGGAGGCCAUCGCCGCCAGCCUCAUCAAGGGCGAGUUUUACGAGAGAGUGGGAGAUCUGUACGAGAAGAGCGGGAACAAGCUCCGGGCUCUGGAGUGGUACCGCAAAGGAGGAGCCUACACCAAAGCGGUGGAGCUGGCUCGCGGGGCCUUUCCUGCUGAGGUGGUGAAGCUGGAGGAGGCCUGGGGAGACUACCUCGUCCAGCAGAAGCAGAUGGACGCCGCCAUCAACCACUUCAUCGAGGCGGGCUGCGCCCUCAAAGCCAUUGAGGCGGCCAUCGCCGCCCGCCAGUGGAAGAAAGCCGUCCACAUCCUGGACAUCCAGGACGACCCGUCCACCGCCAAGCACUACAUGAAGAUCGCUCAGCACUACGCCUCCAUACGCGACUAUGAGAUGGCAGAGCAGCUCUUUGUGAAAGGAGGUCACGUCAAAGACGCCAUCGCCAUGUACACGGCAGCGGGACGCUGGGAGGAGGUCCACAAGCUGGCGGUCACCUGCAUGACGGAGGAGGAGGUCACGGCUCUGUACGUGGGCAGAGCGCAGGAGAUGGAGCGAGACGGGAGGUUCAAGGAGGCCGAGAGACUGCUGGCCACGGUCAACCAGAUCGACCUCGCCAUCACCUUCUACAAGAAGAACCAGAUGUUUGAUGACGUCAUUCGCCUGGUGGCGAAGCAUUACCCCGACCUGCUGACCGAGACGCAUCUCCACCUCGCCAAAGAGUUGGAGGAGGAGCUUAGGUUCUCUGAGGCGGAGUUUCACUACAUGGAGGCUGAAGACUGGAAGUCUGCCGUGCAGAUGUACAGAGCCAAGAACAUGUGGGAGGAUGCGUACAGGGUGGCGAAGAAGCACGGGAGCGACAGUGCGCAGAAGGUGGUCUUCCUGUGGGCCCGGAGCCUGGGGGGGGAAGCCGCCGUCAAACUCCUCAACAAGUUCAGCCUCCUGGAGACGGCCAUCGAGUUCUCAACCGAGAAAUUCAACUUCGACUUUGCCUUCGAGCUGGUCCGCCUGUCCAACAAGGAGAGGCUCCCAGAGAUUCACCUCAAGUACGCCCUCUACCUGGAGGACGAGGGAAAGUUUCCUGAGGCAGAGGUGGAGUUCAUCCGAGCAGGAAAACCCAAAGAGGCCGUGUUGAUGUACGUCGACAACAAGGACUGGGCCAACGCGGAGCGGGUGGCUGAGAACCACGACCCCGAAAGCAUUCCCGACGUUCUGGUGGGUCAAGCCAAGUUCAGCCUGGAUCAGAAGGAGUUCCAGAAGUCUGAGGCACUGCUGCUCCGAGCCCAGAGGCCCGAACUGGCUGUCAAGUUCUAUAAGGCAGCAGAGCUGUCCAUCAAGUUCCUGAGCGGAGACCGAGCCGUGGAGGUGAUCCGUGUGGUCGGCCCGCGCCUCGCCCAGCUGAGGAAGUUCAACGCUGCCGCAGAGCUCUACUUGAGCAUGGACCUGUUCCAGGAGGCCAUCAACGUCUUCAUGGAGGGGGAGGAGUGGAACAAGGCCAAGAGAGUUGCCAAGGAGCAGGAGCCCAGGUUGGAGUCGUAUGUGGACCAGAAAUACAAAGAGUACCUGAAGAACCAGGGCAGGGUGGAGUCUCUGGUGGACGUGGACGUGAUGGCCGCUCUGGACCUGUACGCCGAGAGAGGCCAGUGGGACAAAUGUCUGGAAACGGCGUCCAAGCAGAACCUGAAGGUUCUCCACAAGUAUGUGGCUCUGUACGCCACACAACUGAUCAGGGAGGGAGGAGCUGAGCGGGCUCUGCAGCUCUACCUGCAGUACGGAGCCUCACCUAACCCACAGAACUUCAACAUCUACAAGCGUCUGUUCCUGGACCUCAUCAGCCUUCCUGACAACGACAGACCCGAGUGCUACCGCAUGCUGGCCAACCUGCGGGAUUUCCUGCUGCAGCUGGUGAAGAACGUGUCCAUGUCAGCCCAAGCCAACAGUCCAGCGCAUGAAGACUUCGAGCACAUGCUGGUGAUCGCCCACUACUGCGCCACCAGGUCCGCCUCCAGAGGCCAGGAGCAGCUGGUCGCCAUCGCAGCAAAGCUGUCCGUGUCUCUGCUGCGGCACACCGCCUUCAUCCCUGCUGACAAAGCCUUUUACGAAGCCGGCAAGGCCUGCAAGGAAGCUGGCUGGGAGAGCAUGGCCUUCAUCUUUCUGAACCACUUCCUGGACCUGUGUGAUGUCAUCGAGGGCGACAGUGAAAACGCUCUGAACCACAUGAACUUCAUGGACACGGACAUUCCCCUGGAUGUUCCUCUUCCCUCACAGCUCUGUGUCACAGACACUCAGCAGGACCAGGUGAGGAGCUGGGUUCUGACGGUAUCCAUGGACCGGCAGGUGGAGCGGGUUCUUCCUCGUGAUGAGAGGAACACCUUUGAAGGUUCCCUGGUGGCUGCAGGCAGCGGCCUUCGCUCACUUCCGUGUGUUCUCACAGGAUAUCCGGUUCUCGGGAAUAACAUCCAGUUUUCCGUGUCUGGGAAGAUGGCCAACAAGGAGGACUGGAACCGGUUUGUGAUGGUGACGAAGACGAGUCACAGUCCCGAGUGCCAGGAUGUCCUGAGCUUCAUCGGGCUGUGGUGUGGCGGCCUGCCGGCCUCUGACCUCUUCUUCCACUGAUGGGCUCCGGCGUCUUCCUCUGAACGUUCUCCUCCGGCAGCAGGGACCAAACGUCUGACUCAGAAAUACAAUAUUUUCAUCUAACUUUCAUGUUCAGGAGGUUGGAGUUUAAAACUAAGAUGUUGGUAAUGUUUGCCUUGUUGUUAUAAAAAAUUUUAUUUAUUAAAUGAAUUCUGAUGAAAAGCUUUUCAUAAAUUGAAGGAGAAAAUGUGUUUGUUUUAUUAUUUGUUGCUUUUCAAUAAAGAGUUCAGUCUGGA